UCUUAUCUGUCAGUUUAUUGACAGCUGUGGACUGAACGUCUCAUGCAGGAUAACGGCACUCAGAGCAGAGUCCUGGAUCUCUCACACGCAUUCGGUCAAUCUCACUAUGGCAUGUGUUUGGAAAAUUAUUAUUCUUCUCAACAUUUUCAUUGUCUCUGGUAUUAGUAGUAACGUGCUGACAGGUUAUUUCUGGCACAUCUCAGACCUCCAUUGGGAUCCUUCUUAUGAUGUAGCGAGUAGCUCGGCAUCAAAAUGUGCUUCUAGUGGAGGCCGUCCGACCCCAAACGCAGGCAAAUUUGGAGAUUAUUCUUGUGACUCACCAUGGACUCUGAUAAACUCAUCAGUGAAUGCCAUGAGAGAGAUCCUGCCUGACCCUGACUUCAUCAUUUGGACGGGAGAUGAUACGCCUCAUGUGCCCAAUGAGCAGCUGGGAGAAGAACCCGUCCUGAGAAUAAUCGGCAACCUCACCCACAUCAUAAAAUCUGUCUUUCCUAACACCAAGGUGUAUUCUGCGAUGGGAAAUCAUGACUACCAUCCAAAGAACCAAAUGCCUCCAGAAAAGAACAACAUUUAUGAGCAAACAGCAAACCUGUGGCAUGACUGGCUCCACACGGCCUCAAAAGAAACCUUUAAAACAGGUGGAUAUUACACAGAAAAGUUGCUGAAUCAAACUGGCUUCAGAGUCGUGGUGCUCAAUACGAACCUCUAUUACGAUCAGAACAGUCUCACAGAAAACAUCAAAGACCCUGCAGACCAGUUCAGUUGGGCUGAAAAUGUGCUUGAGGACGCAGCCAAAAAUAAUGAGAAGGUUUACAUUAUCGGCCACGUCCCUCCAGGGAUGUUUGAGAAGAAACGAGAUAAGGCCUGGUUCAGAAAAGCAUUUAAUAAGCGCUAUAUCGACCUCAUACAGAAGCAUAGCGCUGUUAUACAGGGCCAGUUCUUCGGUCAUCACCACACCGACAGCUUCCGCAUGUUCUACAGUUCAAACGGAUCUCCAAUAAGUGCGAUGUUCCUGACACCAGGAGUUACGCCCUGGAUAACAACACUACCUGGUGUGGAAGAUGGCGGAAAUAAUCCUGGAAUUCGCAUCUUUGAGUAUGACACCAAAACACUUUUGAUCAAGGAUAUAGUUACCUACUAUCUGAACCUGACAUAUGCAAACAUGGCACGGGCGCGCUGGGAGAAGGAGUACCGUCUGACGGAGGCGUUUCACGUGCCGGACGCCUCUCCUGCCUCCAUGCACCGCGUGAUGGAGCGGAUAACCAGCGACAAGUGUUAUCUGCAGAAGUAUUUUGAGUUCAACUCGGUGGGUUAUGACCUGACGGAGUGCCACGCUGACUGCCGUGUCGAUCACGUGUGCGCGGUGAGGGAGGUUGACUUUGAGGCGUAUGAGCGCUGCGUGCUGAAGGAGGGAGGAUCGUCUGCUGGACCAGCGCUGUUUACUCUGCUGCUGUCACUGAUGCUGAGCCUGCUGCGGCUCAACUGAUCACAGAACAGCAGUCUCUGAAUAUUGUCAGCCAGACCGGUGUGUGAAUGACAUGUUCUCACCAGUAUUAUAGUAAACACUAUGUAAGUCAAUACCGUCAACUGUCUUUAAAGAGAGCGUUAAGCCCAAAAUGAAAAUGCUGUCAUCAAAGAAGAUAUUUUUUGAAAAAAGUAUAUUUUUUUUUUUGGACCCCAACAUAUAUUAUUUUGUUUUCCACAGACAUUUGGAGUGACAGGAGAGUAAAUAAAUGACAGAAUUUAAAUUUUUGGGUGAACUAUCCCUUUAAAGUCAGCAUGAAAUGAAAGUUGUGAUAGUCUUUUCUUCCCUAAAUAGUGCUGCAGGGAUGACGUAAUUUUUGUAGGCCAAAACCCAGAAGCAAGUUGCAUUUUAGCACUUCCGGUUCCAUCGUCUUGAAGUCAAUGGGUUUUUUAAAUAGGAUUUUGUUUAAAAGCCUGAAAUAAGGUCUGGGUUGAACACAAGCUCAAGAUAUUCUCACAUUUUAUUCUAUGAAAGUAACACCCUCUUGUGAUUACAGGACUACAGAGGAAUUUGGACAUUAAAGGGGUAGUUCACCCAAAAAUGAAAUUUCUGUCAUUAAUUACUCACCCUCAUGUCGUCUCAAACCAGUAAGACCUUCGUUAAUCUUCAGAACACAAAUGAAGAUAUUUUUGAUGAAAUCUGAGAGGUACCUGAACCACACAUAGGCAGCAACAUAAUUGCACCUUUCAAGGCCCAGAAUGGUAGUAAAAAAGACAUCAUUUUUCACACUGCGUCUACAACGUCAACUGCAUAGGAGAAUGACAGGAAAGAGAAGAAAUUGUUAAAUAAAGUUAUUUUUGUUUUGUUUUUGUGCACAAAAAGUAUUCUCGUCGCUUCAUAACAUUAAGGUUGAACCACUGCAGUCACGUUGACUGUUUUAACAUGUCUUUACUACUUUUCUGGCCUUGAAGGGUGCAAUGACGUUGCUGCCUAUGUGUGGUUCAGAAAUAAUAUUAAUGAUUAUAUUAUUAUAAUCAUGCUCUCGCAAACUAAUAUAACUCAAACUUUCAGGGACGAUGUUUUUUUAAUAAAGACUGAAAGAGUUGUCCGAAGCUUAGCGGUGAUGUUGAAGUCAUGUGACCGUGGUGUACGUCAUUUAUAGCCUAAGGUUAGCUUUUUAUUUCUGCUGAUUGCAUUUAGGCUUCAAAAUUCAUAAAAGUUGUUCAUUUUUGAAAGUUAUCUUGAUGGGUAAAACCAUCAUGUAUCAUAAACUUUUGUUGAUCACAGAGCUUUUUUUGCGAUAAUUCAAAAGCCUAUGGAGAAAUCCUAUUGGGUUUUUGUUAAGGGAACCAGUGUGAUGCAAAUUUAAGUGGUUGGCCUACAAAAAUACUUUAUCACGGCAGCGCUCUAUUGUGUUGUAUAUCUGAGUGAAACUGCUUCUGAAACAAGAGCAAAUGUAGGGCGGGGCUUGAUUUUGUCUGUGAGGAACUGAUUGGAUGGUUGUGGUUUGCUAUUGGUGGAUCUGAUGUGAGUGACAGAUUGCCCCGCCCUCGUCAUCAGAGAAGAGAAGAGAUGCUGCAAGAGGGAGGAGAAGAUAUUCUGAUUCAAGAUUACGAGUCACAUGAAUAAUAAAUACUGUAAUAUUACAUUAAAAAAAUAAGAAUUGUCCAUUUUGAUUGUAUGAUGACUUCAUGACUGACAGUAACUUUUCACGGUUCUGUAUGAUUUGUCUCUGCUCACAUACAAAAAAUAUUUAAAAAAAAAAAAAAAAUGACACAUGGAAAACUGUCAAAAAUGUUAAGUGGUUUGAUUCAUCUUCUUCAUAAUGUGAUGAAGGACAAACGCUUUCCAAAAGAUAAUGUUAACUUUUUUUUGCAUAAAAAUACAUGGAUGGAAACUCCAGCGAUAAAAUCGCUUUCAAUGUGAACAGGACACUGGUGUUAAAAAAAACAUAACUGCUUCCAUCUGUUUAAUGUCAAUAAAAGCCAAAGAGAACGAUCAGUUUUAGCAAACACUUUAUAUUCAUUAACAGUCACAAUGUGUUUAUUACUGUUGUACUAAUUAAUAUUAUAAAAAAAAUGUUGUGUCUCUAUUUCAUUGUCAUAGUUGAUCAUUGUUCAGUCUAUUACAGGGGUUUUAUAAAUAGCAUGAGUGUGUAUUUUUAACAUUGAACCCCCAUAUGAGGAUUUACACGUUUAAGUCCAUGUGACAAAGCAACAAUCACCUGACAAGAUGCUCAAGAUUAAAUAAACAGUCUUUGUCGGCAACUACA